AAGUACGACACGUUUAUCAUUAAUGAAUUGUUUUUCCCUCUGUACAUAGUAGUUGACAUAGACAUAUUCUUGAAUUAAUAUAAUAGCAUUUCGAAAUGGGCUUUUGAAUGAGUUUUGGAUUAGUUUUUUUUUUUCGGGAAGCAGUGAAAGAUUUGUUAUAAAUAUUUUUCAGCCUAGUGAAUGUAAGAUGCUAUCGGGUUUGCAGUAAGAUGUGAGUUUUUACUGCUGUGUAUAAUUAGAAGUUCUUGGAACUUUUCAAAAGGCAGCACGUGCAUGGCAUAUGUCUAUUUGUAAAAUCAUUUAAAUGCGGAUAAUAUUUGUGAAUGACUAUGUAAACACGUGGAUGGACAUGGACCAUAAUAUGCAAUUUAGUACAUCUUAGUGGAAAGAUUUAAACUUCAGAAAACAUCAAGCAAGCCUUAUUCAACUCAAAGUACCAAUGAAUGUAUAUGACACACAUUAUAAUACAUGAAGCAGAUGGCAGUGCAUACUAAAACUGACAUCAGCAACCAAUAAUUGUCACACUGAGUGAAGUGAUCUAACACAAUGCUGAGGAUAAAGACACAGCCUCUACUGCAGACACACAGAUCAUGUUGGCCUUUGGUCCUUCAGAGAGGUCAUCGGCAGGCCUCCAUUAAACAUGUGUGUCUGCUCUCUGAGAGGAGGCGUCAGGGUCUUCUGUACCCAUUCAGUGGUCUGGUGGAGCACCUGCCCUCACAGGUCAAUCAGGCAGAAUUCAACAUCUUCCAUCCCAGCUUGGUGGAGCUCCGUCAGGCAGAGACACUGUUCACUCCCUCCUCUAAACAUGUUAUCAACUACUCAACCUCUGCGGUCCGGAUGGACCAUGUACCUAUUCUUAAACAGCCAGAGGUGUGUUUUAUGGGCAGGAGUAAUGUGGGGAAGUCGUCUCUCAUCCGUGCCUUGUUCUCUCUUGCACCAGAGGUAGAUGUGCGAGUCUCUAAAACUCCAGGUCACACCAAAAAGCUUAAUUUCUUCACUGUGGGAAAGGCGUUUACGCUUGUAGACAUGCCCGGGUAUGGACACAUGGCCCCUCGGGACUUUGUAGAGAUGGUUGAACCAUACCUUCAAGAGCGUCAAAAUCUGGUGAGGACAUUCUUGCUGGUGGAUGGAGGUGCAGGUCUGCAGAAGGCAGAUUUAGUUGCUGUGGAGAUGUGUGAGGAGUUCAAUUUGCCUUUUGUGCUGGUUGUAACAAAAAUAGACAGAACUCGACAGGGCGCUUUGUUGGCUCUUCUUCUACAGCUUCGGGACUUUAUCAAAAAUCAAACCAGCACAUGUUUCCCUCAACCAUUUCUUGUGAGUUCAGUCCAGUACUCUGGGAUUUACCUGCUCAGGUGUUUCAUAGCCCACGUAACAGGAAAUCUACAUCUUACCACUAAACAGUUGUGAUUGUACUGCACUGCCUCACCAUGUCACACAUCACAGAUGAAUCUGAGGCCUGGCUGCAAUGUUAUCUGGGAUGGUGUAAACCGUGAAUAAAACCAAUUUGACAAUGAUUAA